AUGAAGGUUUCAUGGCUUCCAACGAUAUGUUUGUUGUUAAUCAACAUCACGUCGUUCUUAUUGUUCCUCAAAGGGUUCUUCCCGUCCAAGAAGAUUCUAUCUGGGUUCAAUGAUACGUCGAUUCUUCUGAAAGUUUCAGAGACAGCUAAAUUCGAUAAGGUGGUGUUCAUGGUAGUAGAUGCUUUAAGAUCUGAUUUCAUGUUCAGUGAAGACAGCGGGUUUCAUUAUCUUCAUCAAUUGAUCAAUAGUGGUGAUGCUAUGCCAUUCACAGCAUUCUCCAACCCACCAACGGUGACUUUACCUCGAUUGAAGGGUAUCACAUUAGGUACUACGCCUAAUUUCCUAGAUGCCAUUUUGAACAUUGCUGAUGAUAAGGAUGACAGUCAAGGGUUAUUAAACCAAGACAAUUGGCUUUACCAGUUCAAGAAUAAGGGAUCCCUGGCCAAGGUGAUGAACUUUUACGGGGACGAUACAUGGUUGAAAUUAUUUCCCAAAUUCUUCGAUUCCACCGAUGGAACUAAUUCUUUCUUUGUUAGUGAUUUCUAUGACGUUGACAAUAACGUAACCCGUCAUCUUGACCAGGAGUUACUCCCAGAAGCUCAAUGGGACGGACUUUUUUUGCAUUACCUUGGAUUGGAUCAUAUUGGUCAUAAGACUGGUCCUCAAUCUCAUUUCAUGGCUCUUAAACAACAAGAGAUGGAUGGGAUUAUUAAGAGAAUAUAUGGGUUCUUAGAGUCAUCCAAGAAACAUAAGGAUACACUUUUUGUUGUUUUAGGUGAUCAUGGGAUGAACGAUAUUGGAAAUCAUGGUGGUUCAUCUGCCGGGGAAACAUCUCCAGGAAUGGUUUUCAUCUCUCCUAAGUUCAGGUCAUUAAAGAAUAACCUUCAGGCUCCUUUACCUGCUAACAAAGAGUUCAAAUAUUACCAGGCCAUUAGUCAGAUAGAUUUGAUUCCUACUUUAUCGUUGUUGUUCGAUUUACCUAUCCCCAAGAAUAAUCUCGGGAUGAUAAUCAAAGAAUUCUUGCCUUUGUUCUCAACAAAAGUCCACCAUUCCAUCCUUUUGAAUAAUUGUAGACAAUUUUAUGAUUUGUUGAAGAUUAACAACCCCAGUGAACACAAAUAUGAUACCGUAAUCAAUGAAUUGAGGGACGUCGAGGAGGAUUAUUCGUUUUUGAAAGAGAUCCAAGAAGAUUUGAUUGAUUCUGCUUCUAACUAUAACUACUCCAACCUUCACACGGCAAUGAUUUUGAGUGUUUUGUGUCUCGUGCUAGUGGUGGCAUAUUUCAAUUGGUGUAUGUACCAAAAUUAUCACCAGUAUAAAGAGAUUUUAGGACUUCAAAUUGGAUUCAUUGUUUAUUCUAUCCAUUUCCAUGGCUCUUCAUUGAUUGAAGAAGAACAUCAUCUUUGGUGGGUCUUGUCACUUGCAUUCAUCAUGUACCUUUACUCCCAAACCCGUAAAUCAGGAACAUCAAUGAAUUUUUUCAUCAUUUUGGUGGGCCUCAGAGUAAUCAAAAGUUGGUGUAAUACAGGUCAAAAGUACCUGUACUAUACCACAUCAUCAUAUCUUGUAGAUAAUCCAGCAUUACUUUGGUGGUUGAUCACCUUAGCCUAUGCCUUGGUAGCAGGACUUACUUACUUCCAAGGAUCUAUCAGACAUGGAUUCAACCUUGAUAUCAGUUCCUCCAACUAUAAUCCUGCUUACUUCAAAAAUGACUUCAAUAAUGUGUUUGCGUUUGUAAUCCUUUCAGUGCUUGCGGCUUUAUCGUUCACCUUCAAGUUGAUUCAGUCCUAUGUUGAUGGAUACCCAAUCCCUGAAACCCUCAUGAACUUCAUCUCAUGGAAUUUCCUCUCCUGGAAUGUCAAUGAUUUCGAAGAUAAGAAGAAGAUUCUAUCAUUAUUGAUCCAAAUCAGUAAUUUUGCUACCUUCGGAGUGUUGAUCUUGAUGGGGUUAAGAUUGGUGUUCAAGUACGUAAGAGGUUUCCAAACAGGUAAUUUAUCCGACAUUGUCAACUUAAUGACAUUCUUCCUUAUGAACCAUACCAAGACAGAACUUAUACCUUUAUAUCUUGUCUUUUACCUCAUCAGAUUCAACAUCAAUCGUAUACUUAUCAAGAGUAAGAUCACACAAAUUGACCAAUUGGCGAUAUACAUGACAGUGUUCACUACGGUGAUAUCGAACUUGACAUUCUUUUCAAUGGGCGGUACCAAUUCUUUAGCUACCGUGGACUUGUCCAACAGUUAUAACGGGGUAGGAUCGUACCAUAUAGAGAUUGUAAGUUUAUUAACCUUUAUUUCCAAUUUUGCUGGUCCUAUUUACUGGAGUUUAUCCUUCUUGAUGGUAUUACUAGAAGCCCAUGUAAGUGAUUUCAAUUUAGCUAAGACUAAUGAAGACGUUGUACAUGUGAAGAAGCUUGGUUUCAAAAUUUUGAACCUUCGAGCAUUGGUAAACUUAGUCUUCUUCAGUAUCAGUAACCUCCAAUUGGUAAUGUCGUGUUAUAAUCUCAGAUUCCAUCUCUUCAUCUGGACAGUGUUUUCACCGAAAUUGUUGUAUUUUGGUGUAUGGUUUAUAUUGAUGAACGUAUUGGUGGAUUUGGUUGUUUCAGGGGUAUUGAUAGUUUUGUGA